UCUAUCUACUCUUACUACUACUUCUCUCUACUUUCUCUCUCUAUACACUCCUUCUCUUUUCUUGCUUCGGACGAGGCGGGGCGCCUACCCCUUCAAGGUCAUGGCUGACGCCCCAAACCCCUUGGACCCGAGUGACGCCCAGUCGCCCGGGCUCAAACAAUUGGCGCCCACCGUGGGGCCAAGCAUGACUUUGAAAGACGCUUCCAACUCAAAGAAGGGGGAAGAAAGGAGUCUGGCACCAACGAAGACCCCUAUCAAGCAAGUCGUUGGUCGAGAAGCGAUCAACCCUCAACCACUCACCAUCCAAAGUUUGGAAGCAUCCGACGACGACGAUCCAUCAGGAGAGGGAGAAGACACGGAGCGCCUGAAGGGCCAACUAGCGAAGCUUCGGGAAAAGCAAGCACUUCAAAUGGCCAGCAUGCAAGGCCAACUGGAUCAAGUCAUGACCGCGUUGUCAGUACUAACAAAGGCAAACAAUCACGCGCCUCCCAAUCCCCAAGAAGCCACAGAGGAGAGGAGGCGCCUCCGAGGAAAGAUGCAAGAGGUUGAGGUGCUACCCAUGAACUCCCCACGGGAGGGUGUGGGCGCCUCACCCAACGAGGACGCAAUUGAAGCUGACGACGAUGUCUACCUGGAGAAGUACGCCCGACUCAACUACGGCGCCUCGGAAGAAAGAAGCGCCCUGGAAUUUUUGUAGGGGGAGGGCCGCCCUUUAAGUAGGCGUAACCCAAAGACACCCUAAGAGAGGCAAAAGCGUGCUAGGAGGAGUCCUUUUAUUCAGUUUAGGUUGGUAAUGUUAGGAAUUUUCGGGGAAAGGGACGCGCCCUGGCGAUACCCCAUGUAAUUCCCUAUUUUGCUCAAGGAACGGAUAUUCACUACUCGGCAAUGCAAAGCUAUCCCUGUUUUAACAGAUGGAGUCAACCCAGACUCGCUUCCUCCGUCGAGGAGAAGCCUAAGCGUGUUACCACCUUCUCAGGGGUACACGUAAGAAAAAUCAAGUUUUGCUUAAGGUAGUCAUCUUAACAAAACCUUUUACCCGCAACCAGCGGAAGAGCCUUAGUGCUUACGCUCAGAUCUUCAUCCGAGCGUCGGGCGCUCGUUUUACGAGUCCCCAUGAGAGGUGAUGCCUUGGCCAUAUCCCUCGCAAAAUUCCUGCCUUGCCAGAAGGGGUUACCCAGACCCGCUUCCUCCGUCGAGGAGGAGCCUAAGCGUGUCAUCUCCUUCUCAGGGGUACACGUAAGAAAAAUCAAGUUUUGCUUAAGGUAGUCAUCUUAGCAAAACCUUUUACCCGCAACCAGCGGAAGAGCCUUAGUGCUUACGCUCGGAUCUUCAUACGCUCGGAUCCGAGCGUAGGGCGCUCGUUUUACGAGUCCCCAUGAGAGGUGGCGCCUUGGCCAUAUCCCUCGCAAAAUUCCUGCCUUGCCAGAAGGGGUUACCCAGACCCGCUUCCUCCGUCGAGGAGAAGCCUAAGCGUGUCACCUCCUUCUCAGGGGUACACGUAAGAAAAAUCAAGUUUUGCUUAAGGUAGUCAUCUUAACAAAACAUUUUACCCGCAACCAGCGGAAGAGCCUUAGUGCUUACACUCAGAUCUUCAUCCGAGCGUUGGGCACUCGUUUCACGAGUCCCCAUGAGUGGUGGCGCCUUGGCCAUAUCCCUCGCGAAAUUCCCUGCCUUGUCAGAAGGGGUCACCCAGACCCGCUUCCUCCGUUGAGGAGAAACCAAAACGCAUCACCUCUUUUCAAAGAGGCUACGCGUAAGAAACCUAGCUCAAAAGC